AUGGAUAUCCCAACUGAUUCUGAUACCACGGCGAUGCCAGCGGCUACGGUCCAAAAUCUCGUCCAGGAGGCUGACGACUCAGCCGUCUCUAUGGAACCACAAUAUCUGGUCAUCCAUACAGUUGACUGCGAGUCGGAUGGGGCACAUGAAGCUCAUCCCCUCUCAGCAUCCUUCCUCGACCGUCCGAGGCUCUGGACCGGGGACAGCAAGGCGAGUGCGCUUCGUGGGAAGAGGCUUGUGGAAGACGUCAACAGCUACAUUCAGCAACAGGAAAACAUCUGUCUGGUGGUGUACAAGAACUAUAGAUGCGACAAAUAUCAGGACGAAAUCAAGAAAGACUUCAUUCGCACGAAGCUACUCAACCCCGACAUGACCGUCUCCACCAAAGUCUGGCCCUUUUUGUUCACCUUACAACGCGACGCCAGGGAGGCGAAAGAGGAGCACGAAAGCAUGGUCAUUCUGUCCGAUGAGCUCCGCGAGCUGCUCGAGGAACUAGAUCCCUCCCUGGAUGUCAGACUUCCACCUACUGCGCCUCCUCGAUCCAUGUCUCCACCGCCACGCAGAACCUUCAUGCCCCCUCCUCCACCGGAUCUUUACGGGCAAGAGCGAUCGGAGAUACUGUUGCGCGCCCCUUACUUGCGCCUCUACUACCAGCGAGAGGCCAUGUCAAAGUACAUAGCCGAGCACGAAGACGAAGCAAAGUAUCAAGUCCUGGUUCUGAAGAAGUACUUGGAGAAAGAGCUGGGAAGUGAAUAUGCCGAGGCGGAUGCGCUGUUCGCAAAGGGUCGUGUCUCGAAAAAGCAUUUUGAGAAACUCUUCGGCCCAGGUCAGAUUCUUGUGGCUAUGGAGCAGAAUCAACCACGAGCCUACAAGUGCACAGUGGUAGAAAGUCUCCCCCCAAAGUUGAAGCUCUAUGGCUGGACUUGGGCUUUCGACGGACACUUCCUCAAACAAGACGACGUGCAUAUGGUGGAAUGGCCAUCAGCAAAUGAGGACACGAUCGACGUAACGGCCCUCGGUAUUUACCCACUUCGAUUUGACCAAACAGGGCUUGAAGAGCGCCUGAGAGCCAGGGGUGAGAAAUUCUGGGGUCUUCGUUACCGCACGUUUGUGAGCUACAGCUCCAAAAGCCCCUCUUUUGAGAUUCGCACGACAAACUUGAGAUUCAUGAUAGACAUGAAGACGUACCAGCUUUUGCAUGCUUUACAUACCGCUGAAUCAACAGACCGAGACACCUUGAGUGCUCCAGCGAUGGCGGAGAAGAAUCCACCCGGCGACAAUUUCUCACUUCUUCUUCCUCCCACCAUUCUGGGCUACGGCUUCCAUGACAAGAAGUGGCGUCCCUUGAAUGUCUGCUCCAUCGAAGUGGUUGACUGGAAUACUACUGCAUUUGAACGUCUGGUAUUGGACGCCGAAAAGAAAGAGAUCAUCGAGGCACUGGUCACGGUGCACACAAAGACCCUGAAGUCCACAGACCUGAUCGAGGGUAAAGGCAACGGCCUAGUGAUGCUGCUCCAUGGCAGUCCCGGCACUGGCAAGACCUUGACAGCCGAGUCGGUCGCAGAGCUUACCAAGAGACCGUUGUACCGCGUAACAUGUGGCGAUAUGGGCACGAAUCCAGAAGCAGUGGAGAAGUAUCUUGAAUCCGUUUUCCACAUCAGCACCAUCUGGGAAUGUGUGGUACUCCUUGAUGAGGCUGAUGUGUUUUUGGAAGAGCGCUCAGACGCCGAUUUGGAGAGAAACGCUCUGGUGUCGGUUUUUCUUCGAGCCGUCGAGUACUACGACGGAAUACUCAUCCUAACCUCCAACCGUGUCGGCAAAUUCGAUGAGGCUUUCAAAUCUAGGAUUCAGCUUGCCGUCCAUUACCCCUCCUUAGGAGAAGCCGAACGUCGCAAGAUCUGGCGCAAAUUCAUCAGCUCCCUGGUUCCGGAAGAGCCUGACCGCGUAGUGUGCGAGCUGAACAGGCACAUACACAUGCUAUCCCAGCAAGAACUCAAUGGGAGACAGAUACGGAACACCAUCAAGUCAGCGCGCCAGCUUGCCUCAUGGAAGAAUAGGGAUCUCUGUUUCGAUCACUUCGAAACGGUUCUAAAGAUUGCAGACGAAUUCGAGAACUAUCUGGUUAGAACGCGUGGCGGCUACACCGAUAACCAGAUAGCGUUGGAAGGUAAUAUCAGAGCUGAAUAG